UGCCCUUGCCGGGGCCGGAGAUGGAUGCUGCCUGCUGCAGCUCGUGAGCUUCUGUUGAGCUGACGCUUGUUGAUGCCGCCGCAGCUCGUGCUACCAUUUCCAGACCGUCAGCUCGCACUAGUCGUUCGCGAUCACCAGCGCGUGCUUGACGGUGCGGUGAACACAGGUCCCCGCUGCUUUGGAUCCCUUCAACAACCGCAACCAUAAAAAGGACGGACACUGUCAUCCAGCGAUACCCACCGUAUAACGUCGCUGUCUCCCGGAGUAGACGGGGAGAGGGGGUCCAGUGCCAGCCGCAGCAUGAGCAUGGACCCCCUGGCCAAGCUCUGCCCGUCCCAGGCGGAGCACAACCCCGGGACCUUCAGCGGCCGACUGACCGCGCUGGAAGCGGCCGGGGAGGACAGCGAGUCCGGCUGCGGCGAAGAGAAGGCCAUGGGGGGCAGCGAUACGUUCAGUAGCCUCGUCGAGAUGGAGGUGGAGACGCUGGAGGAGAAAUUAAAGGGUCUGGCUUUUAGGAAACAGAUUUCGUAUAGGAAAGCCAUCUCGCGGUCGGGUCUCCAGCAUUUGGCCCCGGUCCACAAACCCAUGCCCCCCAUCACUAACGGACCAUCCAAGGAGAUGCGCUCGUCCGUCGACUGGACAGAGACUGCUGUGAACGGGGAACAUCUGUGGCUGGAGACCAGUUGUUCUGGAGAGCUGUGCUACCUGGGAGAAGACACAUGUGUACUGAAGACUGCAAAGUCUGCCCCCAGGAGGAAGUGUGCAGCGUGUAAGAUCGUAGUCCACACCGCCUGCAUCGAGCAGCUCGACAAGAUUAACUUCCGCUGUAAACCAACGUUUAGAGAAGGAGGCUCUCGCUGCCUCAGAGAUAAUAUGUUGAGGCACCACUGGGCCGGCGCCCAAGAGGGGAAAUGCAGACAGUGUGGAAGAGAGCUUCAGCAGAAGUUCUUCCACAGUAAAGAGAUUUGGGCCAUCAGCUGCUCCUGGUGCAAACAAGCUUUCCAUAACAUGACGUGUUUCCAGCUACAUCAGAUUGAGGACCCUGUUCUCUGGGCUCACGCCGGUCAUCGUCCCCCCUCCUGGAUCAUCAAAGUCAGGAAGCCACAGAGCUCGUUCAAAAACUCUACAAGGAGGAAAAAACGCACAUCGUUUAAAAGAAGGACCAGUAAGAAAGGAACUGACGAGUCAAAGUGGCGUCCGUUCAUGCUGAAGCCCCUUCCCUCCCCUCUGAUGAAACCUGUUCUAGUCUUUGUCAACCCCAAGAGUGGAGGCAACCAGGGUACCAAGGUGUUACAGACGUUCAUGUGGAUCCUGAACCCUCGCCAGGUGUUUGAUCUCUCCCAGGGAGGGCUCAGAGAGGCGUUGGAGUUGUACAGGAAAGUGCCAAACCUGCGUAUCCUGGCCUGUGGAGGAGACGGAACGGUGGGGUGGAUCCUGUCUGCUCUGGAUGAGUUAGGAAUGACCCCCCAUCCGCCUGUAGCUGUACUUCCUCUGGGGACAGGAAAUGACCUCGCCAGGACCCUCAACUGGGGAGGGGCGGCACUGCAGGUAGGAGGUCAUGGUGAGAGGCUGCACCAGUGUAGAGAGGUGACUCUGACCACCUUUAAGACCAUCGCUGUACAGGCCAAACAUCGGUACAGAAGAGCCAAAGACGCACCUCCGUUACCCCUGCUCAAUGACAUUCAGAAGGUGUGUGCGGCGGACCUGCGCCGCCUCUCUGCUCCCCCUGACUCCUUCUCUGUCCCCCAUGCUGUCCCCGAGCGCCUGCGCCUCAGAGUCAACCGCAUCAGUCUGCAGGACUACGACAGACUACAGUUCGACAGGGAACGACUCCGAGACAUCUCGAUCGCUGUGGGGAUUGUGGUGGUGAGAGGCGACUGUGACCUGGAGACCUGCAGACUCUACAUAGACAGGCUACAGGAGGUGAGAGACACACACAAAGACACGUGACACACUUGCAUACACACACCUGUGCACACACACUCAC